AUGGCCGCUCUCGCAGUCGCUGAUCCUAAUAUCACUCCGGCCAUGCGUUCUGAAUUCCGGUUUGCCACCUUUGACACUUCAGUCAGCCCUCUCUUGGAGCGACGUCACUUCGGCAACCCUGCAGUCAGCCUGACUGCCCCUCACGGAGUUCUCUGGGCCAAAUGUGGCCCUCCAUUGAGACUUCGUGACUAUGUCUUCUAUGGAACCCUUCCCCCAGGAGAAUAUGUUCCUCUCGAGCUUGGGACCAGUCAGUAUCUCUUUGUACCAUUUGCUCAAGGUGACCCAGAUCAGCGGGGCCUGCUUUGCGUCCGUCAGCUUGCCAGUGCUGAAAACCGAGUGACCCCUUGGAUCGUCUACAAUGUGUUGACUGAGUCCUGGGGUACAGUCAAAACCACUAAGAAUAUCAUGGCUCCGGCAAUCGUUCAGAGAAACAAGCGAAUCGGUAAGAAGACUGAUCUGUUCCACUACAUCUAUGUGGAGACCUUCCCUCUUCCAAUCAAACGGUCUCCCAAGUACGUCCAUGAUGAGGCGAAAAAGCGGAAGGCUGAGAAGACUGCACCUAAGCCUGAUUCUGGAUCAGGUUCUGGGUCUAAAUCAGGAUCCCCCAUCGUACGGUAA